UUGAAAGCGUACACUUGUUAGUUCCGCUAUACGCUAUACGCACAAUGCACAAUCGUAUAGAUACAAAUUUGGACGAUUUCUAUACUCUAGUUGUGUCGUUUAUCAGUUAAUCGCUGGAUUCCAAACGAGAACGAAUUUGUUUUGUGUUGCACAGCAAACAGUUAUCAAUCAGUUGGGUUUGUGGUUAUCACGCGUUGCUCAAGUUUUCUUCGUGUAUUGCGUCGUUCAAGUGCUCUGGUGUUUUAGUGGUCCCUCUGUGCAAAAUAUAAUACUAUAUAACGAAAAUAUUAUAGCACAAUAUAUGUAAUUAACAAAAGCUUAAGAAAUCGUUUUAUUGUGAUAUUGCCAAAUCUUAAACUUGAAAUUAUACAAAUUAUUUGUGAAUUCACCAGGUGAAAUUGGUUGCGACAGUCCCCGUUGAGAGAUUGGGCAGCGUGCGUCCACCAAAACGUUGCAGAAGCGAAAUGGAUACGUCAUCCGCUUCGGAUAUUGUGCUGAUCCAUGGCAACUCACAUCCAGAUCUGGCCAAUAAAGUGGCCGAACGCAUGGGCAUAAAGAGCGGCGGUUGCUCUGUAUUCCACAAAACGAAUCGCGAGACGAUGGUGGAGAUCGGCGACUCGGUGCGCGGCAAAGACAUCUACAUCAUACAAACUGGCACUAAAGAUGCCAAUAACAACAUCAUGGAACUGCUGAUCAUGGCUUACGCUUGCAGAACAUCUUCGGCGCGCUCUAUAGUUGGCGUCAUACCAUAUCUACCCUACUCGAAACAAUGUAAAAUGCGUAAACGCGGUUGUAUCGUGUCGAAGUUGUUGGCGAAGAUGCUGUGCACCUCCGGCUUAACGCAUAUUAUUACAAUGGAUUUGCACCAAAAAGAGAUACAAGGAUUUUUCGAUAUACCAGUCGAUAAUUUGCGCGCUUCACCAUUUCUGUUGCAAUAUAUACAGGAGAGUAUCCCUGACUAUCGCAAUUCGGUGAUUGUGGCGCGUAAUCCCAACAGCGCCAAGAAGGCGACCUCGUACGCUGAACGCUUGCGGCUCGCCAUAGCAGUCAUACACGGCGAACAGAAGGAGGCCGAAAGUGAUGAGGUCGAUGGCCGCUAUUCGCCGCCCCCCGUGAGUACAUAUAGCGAUUUAAUAGGAAAUACAGUUGAAAUGUGCUCCUGUUCUCCUAGCAACAGCAGAGCGCGCACCAUCAGCGUGUCGGUGGGCGUGCCGGAGCACCCACCCAAGGUCAAACCGCCGCUAACCAUUGUAGGUGAUGUCAAGGGACGCAUAGCCAUCAUGGUGGAUGAUCUAAUCGACGAUGUGCAGGCUUUUGUCGACGCGGCCGCGUUGCUAAAGGAGAACGGUGCAUGCAAAAUCUACUUAUUGGCUACACACGGUCUGCUCAGUUCGGAUGCACCCAGACUGAUCGAGGAGUCCUCAAUCGAUGAGGUUGUUGUUACCAAUACCAUUCCACAUGAGAUCCAAAAGCUGCAGUGUCACAAAAUCAAAACGAUUGACAUUUCCAUUCUGAUUGCCGAGGCUAUACGUCGCAUACACAAUAAGGAGUCCAUGUCAUAUCUUUUCCGCAAUGUUACGCUGGAGGAUUAAAUGUGUGCACAGCUUAACCGUUUUUCUAAAGACAGCAUCCAUUGGAUGUUGUCCCUCAUAAUUAUGUUCAAACAAUAGUGAUGAUAUCGGUGAUGGUGGACGCUCUUUAUGGAAAAACGUGCACAAAUCUCUUUCAAACACAUUGUAGAACAUUAUUAUUACUGUUACAAUAUGUAUAAUGUAAGACUUUUUUGUUUUAAUUUUCUAAAUUUACUGUUAGUUACUUGCGCAUGUAUGACUAGUUUAUUCAAACUCUUCAUAACCUUAAAAGUUGAAAAGCUUGAAGUGAAUUGCGAAACCAGCAGAGUUUGCGUUAAAAAUGAGUUAAAUGAACGAAAUUUAUUUCAAAGAGUCAACCAUUGAUGACAGUCCCCGUAGAUUCCGAUAAUCCAACCCUUUUCUAUUGUAAAUUAAAUUGUAAAUCUAAGAACGUUUUUAUUUCCGCAUUACGGCAAAAUAUCAUUGUACCCAAUUCUCGUAUUGAAUAUUGUGAAUAAAUAAAUAACACUUAUACAUGCAUAAUUACAUAUAUGCUAAUUAUAAAUAUUGCGAUUGAAGAUGUUCUCGAGAACAUUGUAGAAAAAAUCAGCUUUAUUUUACUAAUAAACACACACUUCUAAGAAUUGUUGAAAAAUAA